CAUUACAGGCUACCACAGUUCAGAAAAUUAUCCAAAAAACACAGAGAGAGACAUUUGCAGACUCCUAACUUCAGUUGUGACUAGAAAUGGCAGCAGCUACUAUGACUACUUCUCUCCCUCAGUUCAAUGGGUUGAGACCCAAGAUCUCAUCCAAUGUACAGAGCUUGGCUGCUGUUCAACCAAUGAGGCGCAAGAGCCAAGGUGCUUUGGGAGCUCGCUGUGACUUCAUAGGUUCACCCACCAAUUUGAUCAUGGUGACUACUACAAGCCUAAUGUUGUUUGCUGGGAGAUUUGGGUUGGCACCAUCUGCAAACAGGAAGGCAACAGCAGGAUUGAAGCUCGAAAUCAGGGAGUCAGGUCUUCAAACUGGUGACCCAGCUGGGUUCACCCUUGCUGAUACCUUGGCUUGUGGGACUGUAGGUCACAUGAUUGGGGUUGGGGUUGUUCUUGGCCUUAAGAACAUGGGUGCUCUGUAAAAAGUAAUGUGAAUCCAAAUCUGCACGUAUUUCAUUUCUAAGUUGUUUUGUUUCUCUGCUUGACAAACACAAGAUUUAAAAGCUUAAUCUUGGAUUAGGGAAUAAGGUAACAAUAUAUAACAAGCUAGUGAAGCGGACAUCAAAUACCAUAUCUCCAAGUAACUAUAGAACAAUCGUAUUGUG